AUGAUUCUUGAGGUCGCGCAUGCGGGCGACGAGAAGAGCCUUCAGCCUGGGUUGAUGAUCGAUGACCAGAUUCGACCAAUCCUCCCUGCGCCAUACAGCACAUUGGACUACAGCAAAAGUGUCGCUAAGCCCAGCUGUAAGACUCAGCUCGCAAUAUAA